AUGGGAAGCGACGGGCCCACAGAGGAGGUGAAGAUCACGCAGACUGAGGAGGAGCAUAACCCUUUCACGGACCAUCCCUCGCAGUACCAUGUCAUGGUUUCAGAGCGCGAGAAGAAUGCGAAGUUGAUGCGCGUUCUUCGUUCUACAAAUUCUAAUCGGGCGGUCGUGUUGGUUUGGUCGAACAGGCGAGCCAUGGCAUUGUCAGAGGUCCUUCGGGAGCUCAAAUUUGACUCUCGCUCCAUGUAUUCUGUUGAGGGUUCCCAUCCAGACUCCGAGUCGGACGGCUCAAUCCAAGCGGUGGUGCAGAGCUUCGGGCCCGAGGCGGGCAUUCUGGUGGCGUUGGCAGAAGCUCGGGCCCUGACAUCAGACACCAUCAGGCCGAACCUGCUCAUCAACUACGACAUGCCUGAUGACGCUGAAUCCUAUCUGGGUCGCGUAGGCCCCAAGGGCCACGUGAGCUUGAACGGGGUGGUCAUUUCCUUCGCAGCCAGUUCUGACGCCGCGGUGCUACUGGAGAUCCAGGAGGAAAUGCCUGUGAACAUAGUGGCUUCGCCACCCAGUUCAGCGCCGGCGUAG